AUGAAUAUUGAUGAUUUUGAGAAAUUAACAAUUCUAGAACGACGACGUGCAGAUGAAUUUGAAAAUGAUUAUAAAUCUUUAAAAAUAAAAUAUGAUGAUGUAUGUGAACGUAUUCGUAUAGCUACACAUCAAUUAGAACAUGUACAAAUUGUACUUGAAGAAACAUCACGUCGUUGUGAACAAUUGGAAAAAGAAAAGUCCGAAAUUAAUGCUCAAUCUGAAUAUCUUUCACAAAAUGUUCUUAAUGUAACAUCAAAAUAUAAAGAUAAAGUAAAUAUAAUUAAAGUUCGUUUGUAA